CCGGUCCGGUCUAAACCACUAGCAUUAUAAAAUGUGGCUACACCUGUGACGUCACUGAAUUAGCAACCAUGUGGAGAGUAGAGGCAGCGCGAAUUUUAUCCUUGUGCUUACCUACCUUUUGCGUGAUAUUCUGCCUUAUUACUGGUACCAUUGCAAUAUCAUGCCACGUCUGUAACUCUAACGCGGACACGGCAUGUGGUGAAACACUGAGCGGGGACUUCAGCAAGGCGUGUGCUUCUAACGGUAUAGGCUGCAGAAAGGCCGUCAUAGAGGACCAAUUCUACGGUAACCUGGUAGUCAGAAGCUGCUAUAACAAUACCUACCACAACCACACCAAACUCUUUGGAAACUUCACCCGUGACACUUGUACCGAGUCCCGCGAUCUGCUAGAAUGUAUCUGUGACACGGAUAAUUGUAAUGGCGCUUCGUUUCCAUGGCAACCAAUCAGUUCGACCCUUGCAUUGGUUGUUGGACUAUCCAUAGCCUCUAAACUGUUUCAUUGAGGUAUCAUAAAAAUAAAAUCGUUACAAACAAAUAUA